GGAGAAGGGGUGGAAGGAGGAGCGAGGGAGGGGGGGGAGGGGGGGAGGAGGAGGAAAUGAGGACUGUGCUGCUCCAGGUCUAGAUAUUAGAUACUGGUUCCAAAGUGGUUGCUGGAUUUGCACAGGAGUAAAGUGACUGAACCUGGACUGCACACUGGAGACAGUUCAUCCUGGUCCGUUGCAGGAGUGGAACCCAGUCCACCUGAAUUUUAGACUGGAUCUGGACUAGAUACUUAAGUGGUGGCUGGUCUUGAAUAGGAGAGCAGCAAAUUAUUAGACUUCAGGCUCAAAAGCUAGAGGCUGUGGACAGGAGUGCAAUGCUGGGCUGCUGGAUAAGGGUCUGAACCUGGACUUGAUCAGGACCGGAUUCAAGAUGCGGUUGAGACGGGACCUCUGCUUGAUUGACCUGGAUCAAAGACAGGUGGAGUCUGGGAGUGGAGACGGGACAUCGAGUUCAGCGGAUCUCGACAGACAUUUGAGUCGAGACUGAACCAAGAGAUGAGAGCUGGACUGCAGAGUGGAAAAUCGACUUCAGCGGAUCCAGUCAGCGGCGGUCAGGGGUCAGUGGAGUGGACGAAGAACCGGGGAUCGAGUCUGAAGAGCACUGGAGAUUUGGGCGGAGAAUGGACGUGGACUAAACGACAAGUGGCGAGUCUGGGAGUGGAGACGGAACAUCGACUUCAGAUCUCGACAGAGACAUCUGAGUUGAGACUGAACCGGGAGACGGGACCUGGACUGCAGAGCGGAAAUUCGACCGGGAUCCGAUCAGCGAGCCAGCAAGUGAACCCGGAGUGGAACCCGGAAUUGAAUCAGAACCUGGAGUGGAACCUGGAAUGGAAUCAGAACCUGGAGUGGAAUCAGAACCUGGAGUGGAAUCAGAACCUGGAGUGGAGUCAGACCUGGAUCUAUCUGUUCACUGGAGCAGAGGCAGCAAGUGAACCUGUUGUGGAAUCAGAACCUGGAUCUAUUUGUUCACUGGAGCAGAGGCAGCAAGUGGAGAUCGGGGACUUGAACGGGACUCAGGACCUGGGACAGCUUGAACUUCUCAAAACACGAAUACAACCACCUGAGGGACUGGAAGGGGCACAAGACGGAGGGUCAGAAGGAGGAGGAGGAGGAGGAGGAGGAGGAGAUAGGGGAGGCGAACCUUACGAUAGCGAAGGUACUACCAUAAUCAAUUCGCAUGAACCAUUCGGUCUUCGAGGGGGUCUCAACACUCAGACUGAGUCCAUUCCUGGGACCCCGAUGUUCCCCUCGAUUAGGGCUUUCUGUCGCCUCCAUCCGUAUCCAAACAUGUCCGGAUUGGGAUCUGGAUCCGAGUUGGGAUUGGGGAAUGACCUGUUGGAUCCCGAUCCAACGGACUGCAUGAUACGGAUGGAGGAUGUGAAUGUGGUAGGGAACUGUGAAGCCCCGGCGAUCAUGCAGAGAACUGUCGUGACCACUGGGUACUUGUACAUAACAUUUGGGGUGAACUUCACGGAAUGCGGGUGUGGGAACGUGAGAGGAGGGGUGCAGUUGAAGGAGGAGGAUGGGAGUGAACAAUGUCAGGGAGAGAUGUUUCCACUAACAUAUGAUCCACCACCCAAAGGUCUCAAAUUCCACAAGGAAGUCAUGUGGAUGUUGGGGGUGCUGUUUUUCAUAAUCCUGCCGGUAGCAGCGUUUCUCCUACGACGAAGGCGAUCAGCAGUCAACGACCAAGAAACGACGAACAGUGGGCGGGAAGGAGGAGGAAGAGACAGGGACAUUGAGGAAAGAUCUCGAGGUGAAGGAGGAGUAGGAGUAGGAGGGGGGAGAAUGCACACGACUCGACAACAGGAAGUGGGUGGAAGUGCUUCUUCGGGCGUGUCUCGGGUGGUUGUCUUCCCGGCUGAGUGCUGUGUGUUCAUCAUGCCGCCCAAUUCCAGAAGACUACCAUAUCUAGGUGUGAAAGUCCUGAUUGAUUCUGGUGACAUGAUCGGGGGAAGAGAGGGAGAACUGGAGGAGGAGGAGGAAGAGGAAGAGGAGGAAGAGGAGGAGAAGUCGGGAGAGGUGAUGACUUGUGACCGGGGUUUGUUUCGCACUUUGGCAAUCGGUGCAGAGAGGCUCGAUCCCUUGCCUAAUUGGGACGGAGUCUUCGCACACGUCUCGUCAGCUCAUCAGAGAGAAGACUAUGUCCUCUCAGGCGAAGCGACGGCUGGUUGUAACAAGAAGGAGAAUUAUGGAAGGAUAGAAGCUUCCGCUGGACCCAACAACAGCCGUCAUGAUAGCCAAUUGCUCUCCGACCAUCUUGUGGAUUCCCCACCCCCUCCUCUUUCGCCUUUUCCUAGCAACUUGUUAAAUGCCAGCGAUGGGCUAGAAUGUACUGCGACGGGAAGCACAGCUGUACGGACGCACACGGAUGAUGGAAUCGUAUCAAGACCGAUGGAUGCAACGGUGGAUGGUGAGGAGGAUACAGAGGAGAAGGAGAAGGAGGAGAAGGCGAAGGACAGGGAGGAGGAGAAGAAGGAGGAGGAAGCCAUUCUCCCGCACUCCCAGAGCCUGGAGGAGAAGUUGGUCGCCAGUGAGUCGCACAGCAGCUGCAGACCGGCCGGCUGUGCGGCAGACUGUAGCGGCGCAGGAGAAGGCAGAGUUGAAGAGCAGACUGCGGUGCCCAAACAGUCAAAAGAUGCCGAUGUGGGACAAAGUUUGCGACACGGGGAUGAACCGGACGACGCGGAAAGAAGAGAGGGAGUGGCUUGGCGCGCAGUGUCGCUAUCACAUUCUCAUCAGCUUGAUGACCUCGGUAGCAGCAAUGGCAAAAAUUCCAGGAAUGGCUUCGCGCGACGUGGUGCUUGCACAGAAGAGAGGGGCAGGGAUGAUAAGGUGGAGGGGGAGGAGGAGGUGGUUGUCGACACUCGUCCAGUGUGCGGCGACGAGGAAAGAGCGACCGGUGGCAGGUGGGGCAAGGAGGAGGUGCUCGACAAGUGUGUGAUGGACGCUGGGCGGACGAGUGACAGGACAACCGACGGUGACUCCCAGACUUCGACCGGAUGUCAUCCUGUUAUGGAUGGUGGGGUGGAGGGUAUAGGUGGGGAGAGGGAGACUAUUCUAGGAGAGGUGGGUGGUGGCAGUCCUCCUCCUCCUCUCUUCGAUCAGGAACGGACGACAUUGGUGACGUCAUUAACGGCUCCUGUCGUGUGCGACGCUGCUGCUGUGUGCGGCGUCCAGGCAAAACGGACCACAAUCGACGAGAGCUUGAGGACGAUGAUGACGACGACAACUGAUCUGGGUCAUGGUGCUGCCCACUUAUGCAACAACGGAGGACAGUGCGGUGAUGCCUCGUCUAGGGAGCUGUUGUAUGCCGAACAGCUGCAGAGAGAGGAGGAGAGGAAGGACAAAGGUGGCGGUGAUGGCAGCUGCAGCGGUCGUGAGGAGAGAGAGCGAGAGGCGGGCAGCGAUUCACGGCGUUCGUCACCUCCUCCUGCUCUCCCCUCUCAGCACCGGCCACCGCCUCCGAGAUGUCCUCCGUCCCCACGGCCUCCUCCCCUGUCACGGGCUCCUCCUCCUCCCCCUCCCCCUCCUCAAUCGCCAUCACUGCAAAGCACUUGGCAUCAGGAACAGGGGACCGCUGAUCGCCGUCAGGAUUGGGGGAGUGCGGAUUGCCAUCGGGAUGGCGGCCAUGGGGAUCAUCAGGAAGAGGAGGAUAUCGAGUCCCGGUUGCUGAGCUCUACCGAGGUCGGCGUGCUUGAGGUUACAGCAGGAAGUGGUGGUGGGCGGGAAAGGAGGACUUCUCCACCUCCCUCUCCAUCUCCUUCUCCCUUUUCCUUGGAAAGAAGGAAAGGGGGAAGUCCGGAGAGGACAAGGGCUGCUUCGCCUUGGGGCCGUCCUCCUCCUCCUACCGUGAGUAGCAGUGCCUGGCGAUCUUCAGACAAGAUUGGCGCCGGGCACUGGAAUCUUCUUCCCAAAAGUCCUGGCCGAAACGGCAACGGUGGCGCUGACCAAGAGCCUCAGGGGGCGACGUCCAGCCGCAACUUUAUGGCUGUAGGUCGUCGAUGGACCGUAGAGAAACGCAAGGAGGUAAUGGGAACAGCGCUGAGCGCUUUCUGUGCUCUGACGUCAAGGGAUCGAUUCCCAGAGGAGUCGGCACAUGGGACCCGGCGAGCGGCCAACGACACUGGAGGAGCGACUGUACGUCGCCGCGCAAGCGUCAGUUCAGCGGCGUCACACUUGGAGGGCAUCGGUGAGCAAAGGGAGCAGUCGAGGGGGCUAGCAGGAAGAGGAGGAGGAGGUGAAGGAGGAGGAGGAGGAGGAGGAGGAGGAGGAGGAGGAGGUGCUAGUAGUGCUGGUAACAGGAGUUGGACUGCUGUCAGUGCCAGCUGGGAUCGAGUGCCCGGCCAGCGAAGGGUACAGUCGUCAAGGGAAGCUGGAGGUCGGACUACUGUUGCCAUGGCAGGAGGCUUGACGACCGGUCGUCUGUUCGAUCAGCCUCUCAGUGAGAAGGUCUAUCGAGUUAGUCUAGCACGGUCGGGGGAGCAGGGCUUUCGUGAUCUUGAAAGUUGCAGUGGGGGAGGUAGCAGGCAUAGUGGCGCCCAUCGCCUCGUCUUCCCUGUGCAAAGUCGAGAGAAACAGAGGGAUAGGAGGGGCAGGAAUAGCCAAGAGUUGUCUGAAGAAGGGGCAGAGGAGAUCUUAGGAGCUGGAGAAGGGGAAAGGGGCCUUAGGGAGGAGGGGACACUGCUCCUUCAUGGCAAUCGGAAUGACAAAGAAGGCAGAGUGCCCAGACGGAUCUCGAAGUCCCCCGCUUUGAGAAGGGUUCACUCAGAUUCUCUCGCUAAGGAAUUGAUCUUACUGGACGGCCAGGCUGCUAGAGGCGUAGAGGUCGGGGAGGGAGGUUCAGCUGGUGUCAGAACUUCUGCCUCUCGCAAGAAAAGCCACAGGAGUGAUGAUGAUGAUGAUGAUGAGGAGGAGGAGGAGUACUUUGACGGACAGCAGCAUCAUGAUGAGAACGAUGGUGAUGAUACGCACAGCGCCGGGAGAAAGUUCUUAUCUUCUGUGCCCCUCCUCAGAGGCAGUCCCAGCAGUGAUGGACCCAGCCCGUCGUUUUCCAAAGGUUUUGGGUUCCGCCGAAGCAGGAGUGUCGAUGGUCGGAUCAUGAGCAGGAGCAGCAGCAGGAGCAGGAGCCUGGGUAGGAGCAGAGGACAGCCGAAGGAUUUUGCAGAACUUACAGACAUGCCCUUACUCUGCAGGAGUGCGGCUAGCCCUGGUGAGAGCUGGGCUUCGUGGGGCAGUGCGAUCGGGAGCCCCGCGGGGUCCACGGCUGAGUACGCGAGUUACGUGAGUGGUGAAUUCAGGGAGCAGGACGAAUCGCCAUGGCUGCCUUUGUCGUCCUCAACUGACUUCCAGAGCCCUCGGAGCUGUGUUUGACAACAACCAUGGACAGACUGCAAUCGUCAACGUGGAAUUGAAGUGCAAGUUACGGACUUGCUGGAGCACUGGAUGCGCUAUGUGGAGCCUGGAGGACUCACUGAGGUGCAGUUGGCUAGGAGGAGGAGGCAACGGCACCAAGAUGCAAAAAUUUCUUCUUCAACAGACUUCCAAAUCCCUCUCAGCUAAGGCAGCUUUGCUUGACAAGCGAUGGAUCGACCAUGGGUAUCGCAUGAAGCGGCACGUUAAUGGAUCGACCCAAAAAAAUUUCCAGCUUGCGGGUGCUAAAAGGGUGCUGCAGAGUCAGGAGAGGGUUCACUAAUCGGCUUGUUAAACCACCACCAGUACCUCCACGUUUUUAGGCCGUUAACGCGGUGGCUGAAUCGGUGCGCCGCACGGGUCCAUGUGCAUUUGCAUCAGUGCCUCCCCAGAGGGGGCCUAAGACCCCCUGGGGUACUGGUGGUGCAAUCUACCUGAAAGUUUCCAGCUUGCAGGAGCGAUGAGUGCGUUGGAGAGUCGGGAAGGGUUCACACAACUUCGCAGCAAUCUCAGUAGCAAACUCAAGCAGACGGAAGCAUUGCUGUUGACGCAUUUGUCGUCUUCAACACGUUCCACAGUCAUCUUGACUUUUUGCGUGUACUUUGUGGUCGUUACGUGAAUCGGCUUCUUAAACCACCAGUACAUCCGAGCCUCUUUUGCGGAGGGGGAUUCGAUUCCCCCUGCGCGCCAAGCUUUGCCGAACCGCCAGCGUGGCCCUUUUUUUUUUCCUUUUCUUUGGCUCGCGCCGCCAGCCACUUUGGUCCGGUAUCCCCGCGGCCCCCAAAUUUUCAGAUUGGCUCGAAUUUCGAUUCUCAGUUUCAACCGGGCGGUGUACUGGCAGGCACAGCUUCAUCGACCUGAAAUUUCCAGCUUUCAGGAGCAUCGAGUGUGCUGUGAAGUCCGCCGCGGAUCGCUGCUGGACCGUCACCGGUUAACCCGUGGAGAUCGAGAGUCGAGAGAUUGCUGUUUUUGCUAUCGAUGUCGGAUUCCGCAGACUUACGGAGACCUCGCAACUUUGCUCGACUCAAACAACAAUCAAUGGAUCAACGGAUUAUAUAGUCAUUGCCUGAGCCACCUCGUUAAUCGCCUGAAAUAUCCAAACUUGCAGAAGCAAUGAGUGUGUGUGCUGCAGAGUCCACGACGAAGAUGGAUCGCAUCAAUACUGAAUCAUUACUGAGUCUACUGACGCAUUUGUCGUCUUCAACAGACUUCUAGAGCUCUUGCAGCUCUGCUUGACAUGGUGGGUGGACGACAAUCAUCAUAUCAACUGGCUUGUUAAUUAACCAACCUUGAGAGUUUUCUCCCAGCUUGCAGGCAGCAGCAGCAGCAGCAAGCGGGCUGGUGAGUUGGGGAUGAGGGUGGAUGUAUUGCUGUUGCUGCUGUUAUCGUUUUUCGAUUGCUGUUGCUGCCGUUAUCGUUUUUCGAUUGCUGUUGCUGCCGUUAUCGUUUUGAAGUUUUUUUCGAUUGUGGGAACCGUUGGGUUCCUCUCGUACCAACUGGACUAGGCCAGUUGGUUUGAACCAAGGGUUUCGAAUUACUACUGUGAUGACGCUGCAUGAGUUGGUGGACGAGGGUAAGACUUCCGUUUUUUCUUCUUCUUCUGUUUUUCUUCUCUUUCGUUCUUCCCUGCCUUCCUGCCUUCCUUCCCUCUUCCUCUUUUUCUGUUUUUUUUUUUUCCCUUUCUAAAAGAGCCAGGGGCAACAUGCAUAUCAUCAUUUGAGCUGGCCGCCCCUAGGCAAUUCAGAAUG